AUGAAUGUCAACAAAAGAAUCGGCCGCUUUAAGCAAUGGGCCGGCGAGCGUAUGGGCGGCGAGGUCAAAACAUGCCAGUCCGACGACUUCAAGGCCAUGGAAACGGAGAUGGGCGUUCGCCACGAAGGAAUCGACCGCAUCCACAAGGCUAUGACCGGCUAUGUGAAGGCUAUUUCUAAGCGCAAUGAGGGCGACGACAAGGAAAGGACUCUGCCCAUCGCCCACCUGGGUAGCAGUAUGGUUGCCCAUGGAGAGGACUUCGAUGGAAAUUCUGAGUACGGGCAAUGCCUCAUUAUGUUUGGACGAACGGAGGAGCGCAUCGCACGUAUCCAGGAGGGCUAUAUCACACAGGCGACUUCGAGCUGGCUUGAAUCCCUGGAACGGUCAAUGACCCAGAUGAAGGAAUACCAGCAAGCUCGCAAGAAGCUAGACAGCCGUCGAUUGGCAUACGACACCUCACUGGCCAAGAUGGAGAAGGCGAAGAAAGAAGACUUCCGCGUCGAAGAAGAGCUGCGCUCUCAGAAAUUUAAGUACGAGGAAGCCAAUGAGGAUGUUUUCCGUCGCAUGGAUGAUAUCAAGGCGGGAGAGGUCGACAGUGUCAUGGAUCUGGGCUCCUUUCUGGAAGCCCAGCUGGAAUAUCAUGACCGUUGCCGCGAAGUUCUGCUUCAAUUGAAGAACGAGUGGCCCGUUGGAUCUGGCCCAGGACCGACACCGCCACGAAUUACGGGACGCUCUCGGUCCAACACCGCCCAGUCCCAUCUGGAACGAUUUCAACCCCUGCAAGAGGAGCUAGCCAGUGUCACCGAAGCACCUCCACGACCAACCAUCCGUUCUACUCGGACCGUCGCUGAUCCUUAUACACGGGAGUCCUUCCCGACAGUCACGGGUGGUUAUGCUCGGCCUGUUUUGAACCGGACGUCUACAUUCGAAAGCCCAACUCAGCUUCGCCAGGAACAACAGACUCCGACUUCCUCACCAUGGAUCCAACGAACAGCUAGCGAGACUCUCGCCAACCGUUGCAACAGUACUCAAUUGCUUAACCGCCCACCCGUCGAUCCAUAUGCCGACUCCGAAGUCAGCUCCUACGGGUCGUAUGGACGCUCUAGCCCAGAGCGUAUGAAUGGAGGUCGCUCACUCUCUCCUGCCACAUCCCACGGUAGCGCUGCAUCUCGACGGCCAAGUGCAGCAGCCCUGAACUCUUCAGCGACUGGACUCGCAAAGAAAGCCCCCCCCACCACCUCCACCGUCUCGCGCAAAGAAGCCUCCGCCUCCGCCUCCUCCGAUGAAACGAAGCCUUGCUACAGACGCAUAACUGUCAUAUGUGACUUGUCUUUACCUUUUUCUUCUUUCGGAGCAUGGGGAUUUGAGGAGUUCUGA